GGGGAGCAGGAAAGCGAUUUGGAUGAGGUCGAGUCAACGGAAGGGUGAGAGCUGUGACAGUGGGCUGCGCGCUUCUCUCUGACAUCGUGGAAUCUUCACAAUAACGUUCCAGCGCGGCACGGAUUCGAGAAGGCUGUUAGACGUUGGGGCUCAUUUCGAGCGGGCACAUAUCUUGAUCAAAGAUCGGGAAAGUAACAAAGGGGCGAGAAGCGUUACGAGAGCGACCCAGAAGGACUUGGAGUUCAGCGACACCCGUUCCAAGCACAUGAGAAGUAAAAUUCUGCAUCGUGUUCAUCAGCCGUCGUUUUCAGGGUAGGAGCCUAGGAGGUCAAGUUCCGAGAGUUGAGCGAUCCAUCAUUCCGCUGCCAUGGGGUGGUCACGUCAGCAUCUGUUUUGAUCUCUCUCCGCUCCGUCACCACAGCCUUGUGGAUUCGGAUUCCGGACUCGUGCGGCGAACGAGGGCAUCAGCGCAAAUGCGUCCUUUGACACCUCUGUGAUUUCUUUCCGGCUCCGAUCGAUCCAAAGUCGAUCUGGUCGCCUACGUCGCGUUUCGAAAGCAGUGUCGCUCUUACCCACGGCAGCUUUUUAGGUAAACUGGCGGGGACCUAGGCUCACUGCUUCACUCCUGUGGAAACAGCGAUGGCUUUCCAUUUCUCUGCGCUCUAUCCGGGAGACAACUUCGCCACCGCGUCGGCCAGGCACGAGCAGUAUCUGUUCGCCCAAUUGCGGCUUCGACCCGGCAUGCGCGUUCUUGCAGUAGGAUGCGGCUCCGUACGGGCAUGCAUUGAGCUGUUGCAGUACGAGCAGGUGUACCUAGUCGGAAUCGACGAAGACGAGCACAAUGUUCGCGUUGCUCAGGAGAGCGCUGCGAGGAGCGGAUUCGUGUCUCGAGCCGAGUUUGUGUGCCUGAGUCCUCAUGCCUGUGCAGACUACUUCGGGCCGGCGUCCUUCGACGCCGUUUUCAGCAUUGAAGCUCUCAAGACGGCUUCAUCCUUCCUUGAUGCCUAUGUACCAUUGGCCACCGUUCUAAAACUUGGCGGAAUGAUGGGCCUUUACGAAUGGUGCUGGACAUCAAGUGCAGACCCGAUGUUUCUCGAUCACAUCCGGCUGGCUGAACAACUGGAGCACCAGACCCACAUCAGUCAUCGGCCACUCGGUGAUCGCACAUAUCAAGCAGCUGCGGCUUCCGUGGAGCGGACUCAGAUGUUGAGCCUUAUCGAGACUGAAGAUCUUGCUCAGCGACGCUCCGCGCUGUCUUGGUAUGCACCGCUCCUCCGGGGAUUAGCCACAUCCUCCACUCGCUGGGCAUCUGACUCGGACUGCGAUGGAACGUUCGGGGCAUUAACUCGCGGGGGGGCUGCAAUCCUGGCCCGAGCUGGGCAGCUCAAACUUUUCACGCCAAUGCUCCUUCUUGUUGCGCAACGCGUUUGACUCGGGCCUGAUAGUCAUAUCGCCAAAUCUGACUGAAUCUAGUUCUCCUUUGCUUCCAUCACUCCGUCAGGUUUCAUGUGGUCUUCCUUUGUGUACUAGCGUUUCUCUUCCCGUGAGACGAUGAUAGUUCUUGAGCUUAAAUACUUGGGUACGAUUGUAUUAUACAUCAGUCGUACGCGCUUCCAUGUCUAAUUCUACGUCGAGCGAAAGUCCAGCCGCAUUGGAAGCUGCCCUCCAGCUCAUCUUCUCCGAAAUGGAGAAGACGCGCACGGAGAACUACUCUCAGCUCUCAUCGAUUGCAUUCCUUCUCUACGACAUCAUCUUCCGGAUCGACAAGGAGUAUGAAUACGUCUGGAAGAGCCGUGGUUCAAUCGUCAAAUAUCUCUAUUUCUUUGCACGAUAUUAUGGGCUCCUUUAUAAUGCGACCAUCUUUGUCGGUAUGAUCCUUCGACCCUCCGGUUUAGAACUGCACGAUAAUUAUUGCACCCUAGUCACCAAUAUCGUCGGCCUAUCCCCUUCUGUAUGCAACUUCUACCUCGAGCUAUAUUCUUCCAUCAAGAGCGGAAUAACUACUGCGGAAACAGUCUUUUCCGCUCCACUCGGAAUGCCUUGGCCAGGAUGUUUCGCAUAUCCCAAAGUCAAAUUCACCUUGAUCUGUUGGAUCCCAACUGCCAUCAUUGCAACGAUAUUCUUCUUGAUGACAUUGGCCACGAUGUUCCGUCAGAAUGCGACAAAUCUGCGAUCUAUGAAACGCAUUUCGCCGUUGUUCGCCUCCUUUGUCGGAGAUGGUGUGAUCUUCUUCUUCUUGAUCUUUGCAAUUCUCAUGUCCACCAUGUUCAUGACACUCUUAUUCAAGAACGCGCUCGCCAACUUUCUCGGCGGGUGGCUUAUCGCAAUCUACUCUUUCUCCGCAUGUCGACUGAUUCUCAACCUCCGUGAAGUCUCGCAGCGGUCUCUGGAGGAUACAGUGAUGCUGCACAGCACAGCUUUCAACGAAAGUACUAUCCGGAGUCCGGUCUUCGCAUCCGGAUCGACCAUCAAUGCCAGUCGCGGUCACGUUGAAUCGUCGGCGGACCUAGAGGUGCGAGACAUGCGAUUCCGACGCCAGACUGUCGAUAUGUAGUCAUUUUGUCCAUGUCUUAAUCGGACCGUCGGAUCGUUAUCGUAGCCCUUGUGAUGACACUGUACAAGCUAUGCGAACCAUCAGUUCUC